CUUUUGUUGAAAACGGAAAAAAAAGAAAUAGGAAAAUGAAAACAAAAUCAAGCACACUCUCGCUCUCGCAAUCUAUGAAUCUGUAAUCUGUCUCUCCCUCAGACUAAAGUACGCAGUAGGGCUUCUCUCUCUCCCCCUCUCAGCAAGGCGCACGUUAUUAACUUGCUGCCUUUUUAUCGUACGCCAUUUCGAGCGAGAUCUGUUCAGGGCAACUGUCGAUUCAUUUAUUUUGAUUGUUGUGGAAGGGGAGCCGUAGAGUGUGUGUGAGAGAGAGAGUUACUCAGGGUUAGGGUUUUGAUGCGUUGGCGUGGUUUGGGAGAUCCUGUGUUCGGGUUUGGGUUUUGGCUCCGGUUCGGACAUGGCCAAUCAUGGCUCUAAGUUUGUAUCCGUGAAUCUGAACAAGUCGUAUGGGCAGCAACAUCAUAGCCAUUACACACAUUUUAAUGGAGGCAGCGGCUCCUAUGGGCAGGUGCCUGGAACUGCUGGACGGGGGCGGGUCGGGGUUGGAGGUGGUGGAGGGAUGUUGGUUUUAUCUAGGGGACGAGGAGGUGCCCCCAAGGUUGCUCCAAAAUUAUCUGUUCCGCCUCCUUUGAAUUUGCCGUCGUUGAGGAAAGAACAUGAGAAAUUUGAUACAACCGGACCGGGUGGGCCAGGUGCUAGUGCUGGUACGGGGAGUGGAUCAAGACCUUCUUCAUCCGGGGUAGGCUGGAGCAAACCUAUCGCAGCUGCCACUGCAUUGCCAGAGAAGAUCGAUAGUGGUGCGGACACUCCUGGGGUUAAUGGAAUGAGUGAUGCAGCUGGGGCAAGUAGAGUUGGUUCUUAUAUGCCACCGUCUGCUCGUUCUGCAGGGGUUGGGGUUGUGGGUUCUGCAUCUGCAUCUCGAGAAUUUGUACCAUCUGCAGAGAAAGCUAUGCUUUUGAAAGGUGAGGAUUUCCCAUCUCUGCAGGCCGCAAGGCCUGUCUCAUCUGGGGCAUCACAGAAACAGAAGGAUGGGUUAAAUCAGAAGCAGAAGCAAGUCUUACAUGAGGAUUUAACUCAGGAUAAAGAGGAAAGCUAUCAUUUGGGUCCAAUGGCUGAUAUGCAUCCACCAGGACAGUCCUUGGGAAAUACUGGUGGAAAUCGGUUGGUGGAAAAUGGUGGUGCAGUCCACAAAAUUGUUGGUGGACGGAUGUCCAACCAAAUUAGGAAACAGGAAGAGUUUUUCCCUGAUCCACUGCCACUGGUUCGCAUGAAUCCAAGGUCUGAUUGGGCCGAUGAUGAGCGUGACACAGGUCAUGGAUUUGUGGAGCAGGGACGAGAUAUUGGAUUUUCAAACAACGGAAGUUAUUGGGAUAGAGAUUUUGACUUGCCAAGGCCCAGCAUUUUACCUCACAAGCCAGCUACAAAUCAGCAUGAUAGAUGGGGCCAACGAGACAAUGAAACUGGGAAAAAUAUUUCCAGUGAAGUCAUUAAAAUGGACCCGUAUAACAAAGAUGUGAGGACACCUAGUCGGGAAGGUAAGGAAGUCAGCAAGUGGAGAACUUCUAUUUCUAAAGAUGGAGUUAGCGAAAUUGGAAAUCAUAGAGUUGAUAUUGGUGCAAGAAUGACUGGUAAUAAUAUGGCAAAGGAGAAUAAAUACACCCCACCUCAUUAUGGAGACACCGUUCGAGAUGGCAGUGCCGCACUUAACAAGGAUUCUGCAUUUGGGAGGAGGGAUUUGGGACAUGUAGGACAGCAGAUGCAACGAAAUAGUUCAAUUGAUUUAUUUAAUAACAGAGGGGCUGACCGUAAUUCUCGGGAUCGCCAAGUCUCUGACCAACCUAAUAGGUAUAGGGGUGACAAUUUUCAGAAUAAUGCAUUAUCCAGACCCUUUAUUGCUUCUAGUGGGAGAAGGCCUCCUAUAACUGACCCCAUACUCACUAUGGGUCGGGAGAAACGAUUUUCAAAUAGUGAUAGACCCUUCUCAGAUGAUCCUUUCUCGAGAGACUACAGUUCUGCAGGGUUUGACGAAAGGGAUCUCUUCUCAGAUGGUCUUGUUGGUGUAAUUAAGAGGAAAAAGGAUGCCGCCAAAUCUACUCAUUUCCAUGAUCCUAUUCGAGAAUCUUUUGAGGCUGAACUUGAAAGAGUCCAGAAAAUGCAAGAGCUUGAAAGACAGAGGAUCGUUGAAGAGCAAGAAAGAGCUUUGGAGCAAGCUCGAACGGAAGAGGAGGAGAGACUGAGAAGAAUUAGGGAAGAGGAGGAGAGGCUGAGAAGGCUGGAUGAAGAAUCCCGUGAAGCUGCAUGGAGGGCAGAACAGGAGCAGCUUGAGGCUAUUCGAAAAGCUGAAGAGCUGAGGAUUGCCAGGGAAGAAGAGAAGAAAAGAAUUCAGUUAGAAGAAGAGAGGAGGAAACAGGCCGCGAGACAGAUGCUUCAAGAAUUGGAAGCUAAGAUGGCCAAAAGGCAGGCUGAAACUGCAAAGGUUGAUGCUUCUGUACCUAAAACAAUCGUGGAUGAGAAACUAAAAGCAACUGCAAAAGAAGAUCCUGUAUCUAGGAAUGUAGAUUUGGAAACCUGGGAAGAUGGUGAGAGAAUGGUGGAAAAUGUUAUGGCUUCAGGUUCGUUUGAUUUAUCUGCUCAUGGCAGACCUGCUGAGAUGAGCUAUCCUCCUAGAGAAAGUUCUUCAAACUUAAUUGACAGAGGAAAACCUAUUAAUUCUUGGAAAAGGGAUUUUCUGGAUUAUGGUGGUAGCUUCCCUUCACCUCAAUCAGAUCAAGAGACUGGUCAUUACAGUCCUCGGCAGGAUGCAGUAGCUGGUGGCAGAACAGGUCCACGAAGAGAGUUCCAUGGUGGACCUGGUUUCAUGCCGUCUAGGUCUUACUUAAAGGCCGGAGUGCAAGACGCUUACUCAGAUGAGUUUGGAUAUCAAAAAGAGCAAAGAUGGAAUCUUUCUGGCAAUGCUGACUCUUAUGGAAAACUCAAGGAGAUGGAUUUAGAUUUUCAGGAUGUCACAGAUAGAUAUGGAGAUAGUGGAUGGGGGCAGGGGCGCACUAGAAGUGGUACUCGUUCUCCUUACCCAGAGCGUUUGUAUCCUCAUUCUGAUGCAACUGAGUUUAAUUCUUAUGGGAGGUCUAGGUACUCUGUCAGACAGCCUCGCGUCCCUCCCCCUCCUUCACUUUCUUCAGUUCAAAAGACUAACCUUAGAGGAGUUAGUGAACACACUGACCCUUCAGCUUUUCUAGAUGACAGCAUUCAUUAUACUCAUGCUUCACGAACUGAUUCUGCCAGGGAGACAGAUUAUUAUGGCACUAAUCAUGGAGGUCCUGAGCCAUCUGAGUUUUUGGGAAUGUCGCUAGAAAAUAGUACUUCUGAACGCCAGAAAUUGAACAGUGGAUCGAGGUGUGACUCACAAUCUUCACUCUCUGUUUCCAGCCCCCCAACUUCUCCACCUCAUCUAUCCCAGGACGAGCUGGAUGCAUCUGGAGAUUCUCCUGUAACAUCAGCUCUAGCAGAAGGGAAAAACAAUUUACUUACUGGGACUGGAUCUGUUGCUCACAAUUGUGACUCUGGACAUAAUGCAAUGAUGAUUGUGCCAGAUUCUGUUUCAACUGUUGAGGAUGAAGAAUGGACUCUUGAAAAUGAAGAUGUGAUGCAGCAGCAAGAAGAAUAUGAUGAGGAUGAAGAUGGUUUUAGAGAAGAGGAGGAAGUGCGUGAUAGGGAUGUUGAGAAUCUUGAGCUGAACCAGAAGUUUGAUGGACUGGAACUUGAGCAAAGAGGCUCGCCUCAUGUGAUGGACAAUGUCGUCUUAGGUUUCGAUGAGGGUGUUGAAGUUGAAAUACCGAGUGAUGAUAUUGAGAAAAGUAUAGGGCAGCAAGAAAGAUCAUUUGGGAUGAAUGAUGGUUCUAUCAGCAUGGUUGAAGAAAGAGUUAUCGUUGAUGGGUUUCCCUCUGAUGAACAAAAUCUUCUGACGACAGAUGAUUCUCAUGGGACAAGUGCUGAUAGCUCCUCCCGGAAGGUACUGGAUACGUCAGCUUUGUCAUGUUCUAUUGGUCAACAUGUUGGUUCACCCUGUUCAGCAGCAUCAGCAGAUAUCUUAGAUGGUGCUGAUUCCUCUGUUAGCACUUGUUUAGCUUCCCAGCCAACUGUAUUUUCCUCAUCAGUUGAUGUUAGAACUGCGACAAGUCAGCCUAUUGCGCCAUCUGUAUCUUCUGCUGGAAGUCAGGGUGAUUUACCAAUCAAGCUUCAGUUUGGGCUAUUUUCUGGUCCUUCUUUAAUACCUUCUCCAGUGCCUGCUAUACAGAUUGGUUCCAUACAGAUGCCUCUGCACAUCCAUCCUCCUGUUGGUCCAUCCAUUACUCAUAUGCAUCCAUCACAGCCUCCCAUGUUCCAAUUUGGUCAGCUGCGAUAUACUUCUCCUAUCUCGCAGGGAAUUUUGCCAAUAGCCCCUCAAUCAAUGUCUUUUGUUCCGCCUAACAUGCUGGGCCAUCUUAAUCUAAAUCAGGAUGUUUCAAGCUCUGGAACUCACAAGCCUGCUCAAGAUGCUUCCAGACAGAACACAAACAAGGAUGAGACACCAUCUGUUUCAAUGAAUAAUCAGCCAAGUUUUGUUUCUGCAUCAUCUGUGCAAUCUAAUGGUGGCCUUCUUUUGGGUAUAGAUACAGUUUCAAAUGCAGACAGUCGUGAUGAGAAUUCUGCUGUCCAUGCAUCUACUACUGGGGCCUCUGGGCCUUGUGAUGAAAAAUUGAUGCCAAACUCUGGCUCACAUGCUGAAGAGAAAGGGAUGCAUCAUGCUGCUUCAAAGAACUAUCCACCAUCAUCAAAGGCAAGGGGAUCUGACAGACAGUCACAUCAUGUACAUCCAACGAUGCAGUCUGUUGCUGUUGAGAAAAAUUAUGGAGUAAGAGGUCUAGGUGCAUUAUCUGGUGGCAGGGGGAGAAGAUUUGCUUAUGCAGUUAAAAAUUCUAACACAAGAUCAUCGAUCCAGGAUCAUGAUAUGCUGGCAGAUUCAAAUGGAUUUCACAGAAGACCUCGAAGAACUGUCCAACGAACUGAAUUCCGGGUUCGUGAAAACAAUGACAGGAGACCAGCACCUGCAGUAGCUUCUUCUAGUGCUGCAGGCUUAGAUAAGUCUACAUACACUGGAAAAGCUGUGGGAGUUUUCACUAGAAGUGGGGCCAAGAGAGGUAGCAUGUCUAAUAGAACUAUGAAGCAUACUGAGCCCUUGGCAUCUGGUAGGCCGUUGUCCUUGCAGGUUGAUUCUGGAAAUAGGGAAGGGAAAGAAGUGGGAAAAGAUUUUUCGAGUAGGGGUCAGAAUGUCUCAAACCCUGGUGAAGCAAAUCUAAGGAGAAAUGCUUCUGAGGAGGAUGUAGAUGCUCCUUUACAAAGUGGUGUUGUGCGUGUAUUUAAACAACCUGGUAUUGAAGCCCCCAGCGAUGAGGAUGAUUUCAUUGAAGUCAGAUCCAAAAGGCAAAUGCUAAAUGACCGGCGUGAACAAAGAGAAAAGGAAAUUAAAGCAAAAUCACGGACCAAGCCACCACGUAAACCACGUCUUUCCAGACAAAAGGAUGUAGUCUCUAGGAGCAAUAAUAAACACCCAGUAGCAUUGGGCAGUGAAGGAAGUGUUGAUCCUCAAUUGGAUUUUUCUGUAUCUGAGAGCUCUCACUUUGGAAGUGGAGGAUCAACCGAAUUUGCUGCUUCAGCUUCACAGCCUCCAAUUGGCACUCCUCCUGUUAAUUCUGAAGCACAGACUAUCAAGCCUUCACAAUCAAGCUCUGUAUCUGCCGUUUCUAACAGUGGAACAAAAUGUGAACCUGGCGUCUUUGACAGCAAAAAUCAGGUCAUGUCUUUAAGCCAGACACAAAUUGAUGAGGCUAUGAAACCUGCUCGGUAUGAUUCACACAUUUCUGCUGUUGGAGGUCAUCCCAGCCCAGUUAGUGGCUCAGUCUUGCCAUCAUCUAUUUUGACGAAAGACAAAGCAUUUUCUUCUGGUGCAAGCCCAAUCAAUUCACUGCUUGCUGGAGAGAAAAUUCAAUUUGGUGCCGUUACAUCUCCAACAAUCCUUCCUCCUAGUACCCGUGUUGUAUCACAUGGGAUUGGUGCUCCAGGUUCCAAUCGACCUGAUGUGCAAGUAUCCCGCAAUUUUCCUGUAACAGAGAAAGACAAUUCACUUUUCUUUGAAAAAGAGAAGCACCCGAGUGACUCUUGCAUUCCACUACAAGAUUGUGAGGCUGAAGCUGAAGCAGCUGCUUCUGCUGUUGCUGUUGCUGCUAUCAGCAGCGAUGAGAUAGUUGGGAAUGGCUUAAGCUCAGUCAACGACAAAAAAACUUUUGGUGGUGCUGCUAUUGAUGGCAUUACAACAGGUGUGGUUGGAGAUCAGCACAUGACAAGUCAAUCACAGGGUGAGGAGUUGUUAAGUGUUUCUCUUCCAGCAGAUCUAUCCAUUGAGACAACACCAAUCUCCUUAUGGCCACCAUUGCCAAGUCCUCAAAGUUCUACAAGCCAGAUGCUUUCCCAUUUCCCUGCAGGUCCACCUUCCCACUUCCCCUUUUAUGAGAUGAACCCGUUGUUAGGGGGUCCAAUUUUUGCAUUCAGUCCACAUGAAGAAUCAUCUGGUACACAAUCACAACCUCCAAAGACUACAUCAUCCAGUUCUGCUCCUCUUGGUAACUGGCAGCAAUGCCAUUCUGGUGUGGACUCAUUCUACGGUCCUCCAGCUGGAUACUCUGGUCCGUUCAUUGGUCCUCCUGGAGGCAUUCCUGGGGUACAGGGGCCUCCGCAUAUGGUUGUCUAUAAUCAUUUUGCUCCAGUUGGACAAUAUGGGCAGGUAGGUUUGAGUUUUAUGGGUACCACCUAUAUCCCCUCUGGGAAGCAAGCUGAUUGGAAAAAUCCUGCUUCGUCCACUGCCAUGCAUAUUGGUGAGGGAGACAUUAAUAAUGUGAAUAUGACUACUGUGCAGCGAAGUGCUCCCAUUACGGCUCCCAUUCAGCAUCUUGCCCCAGGAUCUCCGCUCUUGCCUAUGCCCCCACCAUUGCCCUUGUUUGAUGUAUCACCAUUCCCGACUGCCCCUGAUUUGCCUGUCCAAGCUCGAUGGGGGCACAUUCCUGCUUCACCACUUCAUUCGGUCUCUGUGUCUCGACCAUUGCCGCCACAAAUGGAAGGUGCAUUGCCUUCUCAAGCCAAUCACGGACACUCAAUCGACCAAUCAUUAACUGCUGACAGGUUCACAGAGUCUCGUACUCCUACAUCAUCAGAUAGUGGCCCAGUUUUCACUCCUGCUGCAGAUACAAAUGCUUCCCCAUUUCGUGCUGAAUUAGGGUUGGUGGAUUCAAUGAGAUCCAACACGGCCUCAUCAGGGCAGACUGCAGUACAGAGCAUGUCUGCAAGUGCAAAUGCUGAAUCUGGCAAGACCGAUACAAUUGACAGUGUGAAACGAUACCAGAGUGCGAGUUCUGUCAAGAAUCAAUUCCCUAAGAAGAAUUUGUCUGCCCAACAAGGUAAUACUACCGGCCUUUAUUAUCAAAGAGGCCAUGCGUCUCAAAGGAACAACACAGGAAAUGAAUUGCCUCAUCGUAGGAUGGGUUUCCAUGGAAGGGGCGGUGUAGAUAGAAAUUUCCCUGCUGCAAAGAUGAAACAGAUCUACGUGGCUAAACAGACCACUACUGGGAGUCCCUCCACAUGAGUCAAGAAGAUUGGGAAUUAUGGAUGUUAGAAGGUGCAUUUUCCAUGACUAACACCCGAUUUUGGGGUACAAACCCCUGCAGUUUUGGAGCUAUAUAGAAGAACAUAUUUUUGAUCUGUCGUGUCGUGGUCUGGCUGGUGAGUGGUGAGUGCUCCAUCCUAAUUUAAGCACUGAAGCUGCUAGAAAAGAAAUUGAUCACGAUGAAUGUGUGGCGAUCUGAAAUCGUGUUUGUUUUGACUGCCAGGCGACAUUUUUAUGUCUCGUUUUAAUUUGUUGAUUGAUGUACUGGCGUAUUCUAUUUAGUUAGUAUAUGAUUAAAGUAGUAUGAUUUUUGUCAAGCAUGAUGCUGUGGUUUUAGUAGGGGAAAUAUCAUAUUCAAUUACUACAUUAUCAUGUUACAUUUUUGCCCUUUGGGAUUUUGCUGAUUGCAUCAGAGAGUUCCAAUUCUCUGUUAAAUUAUUGUAAUAAUAUCAUGUAGUGGCUUUGGAGAUACAA